UUCUUUUGACAGAUUCGAUAAAAUUUACAUUCGGCAACACUACGUACGACAUACGACACAUCUUCAUUACAUUUUUUUUAUUGUGCUGAAAGUGUAGUUUAAAAGUGUAAAUUAUUCCCGUGUAAUUGCAGUAAUUGAAAUUAAUCCAGUGUAUUUCGGGAACUGUGAAACAGCAAGCAGAGAUUAUUGUGUUUUCGUGUUGAUACAUGCACACUCUACAACACACACUACAAACGCGACACAUCAACAACAUGCAGUCGGUCAACAAAAUUCAUUCAACAAGAAUAUCACUAAACGACCGUUUUACCAUCAUUCAAACGGUUCAACCAAAUGCAGCUGCAGCAUCACCUCGGCGACGUCGCUCACAGAGUGCUAACUCCAGAAUCCGAUCGUCACCGAAAUCAUCGCUACAAAAUCGCAGAUUAUUGGAACAAUUGGAUCAGAAGCAUAUGAUGCGUACAGCAUUGCGAUUGAAAAAAAAGAGUUUAAGGUCCAAUUUACCGCUACGUCAACGGUUGAACACCCAAAUGAAGAAUCGGAUUAUGAAGCGGGGACUAACAGCAACGACCUUAAGUGUUGGACCAGGAGGUCGUUUGAAGCGAGCAAACAGCUUGAGAAAUAUUGGAACAAUGCAAGCCGAUUUAGUUGGAGGCGGAAAUUUGAGACGAUCAAAUUCCGCAUUAAAUCUUGCCGGACGACUGGGAGUCCGAGGCCAAGCGGGCGGACCGAAUACCCGUCGUCGUUUGAUACGAAAUAAUGUUGCUACCCAACGUUCACGUUCACGAUCACGAUCACGAACCCGUCCAAAUCUUAUCAGAUCGAAUUCCCAGACGAAUUUACGUCGCAGCAAUUCAAAACAGUCGCUGGCUACACAGAAACGUAGCAAUUCGCAGGUGCGCGGACGCAGUGCUUCUCGACAACGACCACGUUUACAGCGAUCGAACAGCCGAAAAAAUUUGAAUACUGGCCUACGAAAUCGCGGCAAUGUCGCUGGCGCUAAUCGACGAGUUGGUAUUAACGGACGCCUGGGCGUUAAGCAAACACAAUUGCUAGCCCGCAAUGUACAACGUGGUCGUAUAAUAAAGCGACGGAAUUCGACUGCCAAUGGAAAGAAUGGGAAUAUCGGGACAGUGGGCAGGAAUGGAGCCAGACAACGUGUGGCGCGAUCAAGAACUAGGGUAGCACAGUCAAAUCCGCGUAAUCGGUCUGCAUCGCGAGGAAGAACUGGACGGCAACCGAACAACAACAACUUUGCACCAAACAAUCAACAGAAUAAUCGAUCCAGGCAGAAUGGACGUGGACGAGGUGGUGGCAGAUCACGCAGCCGUGGAAGACCAGGACGACCAAACGCUGGUGCAGCCACCAAGCAACCGGUUAAAACGAAAGAAGAGUUGGACAAGGAACUGGAUCAGUACAUGGUGAACACGAAAAGCAAUGAGAUUGACAUUUUUAUGGGAUAGACAGUGCAACAAACAAA